CACAACGUUGGCGUUCGUAGCGUCGGGGGUCGGCGCGAAGCGCUCGUGGAGAGCUGCGAAUUGAAGUGAUUGCGUAGAUAUUUUUGUGGUUACCUACAACCAGAACACUUGCAAAGCGUGCUCGGAACACGGUUUCCUGCGGGGCUUCGAGUACUACAGUGAAAUGGUGCAUUUGUGGUCAGGACUGGCCCAUUGGAGAUAGGACGAGACUGCAAGCACCGGACGUUCGUUCAGGUCGUCUUUUGGCACUCUGUCACCAUGUCGGUGUUCUACAAGUUUGCCUCGUCCACCGAGGUGAACACAGUGGUGUUUGAUGGCGUGCACAUCUCGGUGGCCGACCUCAAGCAGGCCAUCAUGGACCAGAAGAAGCUGGGCCGUGGCACAGACUUUGACCUGAUUGUCACCAACUCUCAGACCAGCGAAGAGUACAAGCAGAACGACAUGCUGAUACCGAAGAACACGUCGCUGGUGGUGAAGCGCGUGCCGGCGGCGAACGGCGCUCCCGUCAAGAAGUUCUGGGAUCCGAACGCCCCCAAGAUGGCCACCAUCACGCCGUCGUUCGCCGCUUCCGUGCUGCCGCCGCCGGUGGCGUCAGUGGAAGCCGUCUCCGGAUCGUCCGUCUUCGCUGGGAGCGACCUGACCAAGAUCGGCGGCUCGGAGGAGGACAAGAUCAAGCACAUGAUGUCGCAGUCGACCAGCCAGUACGACCCGUCCCGGUACGUCAAGUACAAGGGCCAGCACUUGCUGACGCCGGCGCCCAGCAGCCACAAGUGCUACCGCUGCUUCAACUUCGGCCACUAUGCCCAGAACUGCCCGCUGGCCGCCGCGGAGGUGAAGAAGGCGACCGGCAUCCCUCGCAGCUUCAUGGUGCGCGUGGACGACCCCAAGGUGCCGGGCGCCAUGAUCGCGCCCGACGGCAGCCUGGCCGUCCACCGGGUGGACUACUCGACCUACAACGACAAGCAGCAGGGGCGGAUGGACACGCCGCCGCCGAGCACGCGGCCACCGGUGCCGGACGACCUGCGCUGCACGCUGUGCCGCGACCUGAUCCGCGAGGCCGUCACCUCGCCCUGCUGCGGCGAGAACUUCUGCGACGAGUGCCUGCGGACGGCGCUGGUCGAGUCGGAGAACAGCGAGUGCCCGUCCUGCCACCAGCCGGACGUGUCGCCCGACAACAUCAUCCCCAACCGCUUCAUCCGCAAGCGCGUCGUCAAGUUCGAGAAGGAGACGGACUACUGGGAGCUGGCUGCCCGUGAGCGGGAGGUGGGGGCGGCUGCCGCCCCACCGGCGCCGCCGCCGCCGCCGCCGCCUGUCCGCGCUUCGCCACCGGCGGUGGCCACGCCUCCGCCACCGCCGCCGCCGCCGGUGCAGGAGGCGGCCCCGCCAGCGCCCAGCGUCCCGACGCCGCCUCAGGAGCCGGCACAGGUGUCCCCUGCGCGGUCGCAGCCCCGUUCACCGUCGCCGUCGCCGGCGGGUGAGCCGGCCUGCGUCGACAACGGGGCGAGGCGGCUGGGGCCGGCGGCGUCUUGUCCGUUCCUGUCCACGUGGGCCGUCGCGGCCAUCGCGGCGUCCUGA